UGUUCUUCUAGCUGUGCCUUGGGAUUUACGAGCUCUAUUUUUAUUUCGAAUGAUGAUGUUAUGCUUAUAAUGAUGAGAAACCUUUAACUGUAGCUAAAUAUGGAGAAACAGGAUCACAUCAUUUUUCUUUCUGCCGCGCAGAUUGAAGUUUUUAUUUCCUAUUACUGUUGAUGGAGUCUUUGUCUGGUCUAGACUGUUAAGGAAAACAAUAUAAAAGAUGCUUUUCCUUUUCCUUUCUUUUUUUCAGUUUUUUUACCUCGGAAAGUGAAACCAAAAAUGACUCAUCGGUUUUUUCUUUUUCAGGAAAAUGGUUUACUUAGUUAUGAAGUUGAGACACUGUGAUCUUCUCACUACCUUUUAUUAAUUCAACCUAGGACAGAAACCCUAGGAAUGACCUGAUCUGUUUUCUCUGGUAGUUGUAGAAUGUUUUAUUUGAUGUUAAUGAUGCAUUUGUUGUGAUUAUUGGUGUUUGAAGAUUGAUAUUUAAUGUUUUCAAUUAUAUAAUAAAGAUAAAUGGCUGCCGAUAUCGAUUAUUUCGGUGAAUAGAAAUAUAGAUUUUCUGGGCUUUAUUGCAGUAGCUUUGUGUGGAUUUCCUGGCGGAUAGGAUUUUUUUUUUUCUAUUUUUGAAUUUUAAGUUCUAACAAUCCUUCACUGUUUGAUGAGUCUUGUCAUGGGGUCGGAUACAAAGUCGUAAACCUGUAGUUUUGCUUGUGAGAAUUAUUGAAGGUAAAACGUGGAACAUUUUUGUCCAAUAGAGUUGCAAAUUACAAUUAUUGGAGAGAGAGAAAGAGAGAGGAGUAAGCUUUGUCAAUGUUGUUCAAACUGCAGUCAAAAUAAAUAAGAUAGUUAAUUUUGGAGAAGGGUAGGCCUUACCAGAUUUAGAUACAAGACUUUAAAGUCUACACCAGCUAUUCGGGGAAGAAAUAUCAACGUUAUUAAACUGCGUCUGGCAGCUCAGUUGCUAGUGCAUUUUAUGGAGAAGAGCCUGUGAAGUAUCAAUCAAUUCUAUGAGUUCACUGAUGGAGUGGAAUACAAAGAUCCCCUUGCAAUGGGAUUGGGAAAACCUUAUGAUGUUCAAUGCAACAGCUGCUGAAAAUCCUAGGAAGCUGCAACAAACAGAGUGGGAGAUUGAUGGAGAUGGGGGCAUCGACUCUGCAUCUUUCUUUUCAUCAGGGGGUGGUGGUUCUGGCUCUGAUUUGGGACUUGCAUCUUUGUCAAAGAGCUCAAAGUCAGCUUCCAAUAAUUCAUCAUCAAUGGGAGAAAUGAAAACAUCCAAAUUUCAUUUGGAGGCUUUUGGGGAAAAUCCUGAAGGUUUUGGCAAUCCCAAAGAAUUUGCCAGGACUGAGCCAACUACUGGUUCUCCCACACCUGAGGCUUCAGUUGGAACUGUUGAGCCAUUGCUUGGGCUAAAGCUUGGAAAAAGAAUGUACUUUGAAGAUGUUUCUGCAGGGAGCAAUACUAAAAAUUCAUCUAUUGCUGUGACUCCUGCAUCAUCAGUUGCCCCAGCUAAGAGAUCCAAGUCCAAUUCCCAGGCUACACAUGUUGCUGCGCAUUGCCAAGUUGAAGGCUGUGGACUGGAUCUCUCAUCAGCUAAAGAUUACCAUCGCAAACAUAGAGUUUGUGAAGGUCAUUCAAAGUGCCCAAAGGUCAUUGUAAGUGGUGUUGAACGACGGUUUUGCCAGCAGUGUAGCAGGUUCCAUGGUCUGUCGGAAUUUGAUGAAAAGAAGAGGAGUUGUCGUAGGCGUCUGUCUGAUCACAAUGCUAGACGCCGCAAGGCACAGCCAGAAGCUAUCAGGUUAAAUCCAGCAAGGCUGUCUUCCUCACUCUAUGAUGGGAAGCAACAGAUGAAUUUUGUUUGGAGUGGACUCCCAUUUGGUCAACCAAAGCCAAGUGAAAAUUUUACAUGGGAAGGCAUAUGUAGCUCCAAGUCCAUUCAAACAAAAGGACAAGUGUUAAAGCCUUCAAAAGUUGGUGGCACUGGUGGGCUGCUGCAUUUACAAGGCAAUCAGGUUCCAAAUUCAGUGCAUGCAUAUCGUGAUGAUUCUAAUGGGUUCUUUCUGUCCAAGGCCAAGGGUACCACAGUUGAGAUUCUCAACCAAGGUGUAGAAGAAUCAAUGAUUUCUUUCAACCACGGUGCAGCACAAGAUUGCCAUCGUGCUCUCUCUCUUCUGUCAACAAGUUCAUGGGCUUUAUGCGAGCCAAAACAGGUUUCACAUAACCACCCUGUAAAUACAAGUCAUACUACCAGCAUGCCACAGACUGCAGCACAUGCAGUGGCCCAUGGUUCUACACUUGCUUCAUCAGAAUACAGGCGGACUCAAAAAGGGUCAACUGAAUCCCAAGUGCAUACCUUGUCUUCACACAAUGAUGAAGAUAACUACAUCCAGGAGAUCCAGCUGUUCAGAGCGCCAUACGAGAAUGCGUUUUAUUCGAGUCAUCUGAAUUGACUGCUGAGGCCUUAUCAAUGAUUUCAGCCUAACAGUUCACAUUCAAAGAUUGCAGAGACUGAGAAGUUUCAUGGAGCUGCUUUCCCUCUGACAGACUUUGUCCUGCUUCAUUAAUGAUGAAUUGCCACCAAUUAUGAAAUCAAUCAAAUUUAAUAAUUUUGGUGUCGGAAAAGCAAAGGUAUCAGAUCAGACAUCUUUUCAAGUCUUUAUUGCAUUGAUUUUCUUUUAAUCGAUGAAGAAGGGGUGGAUCUGAUCAUCCGUGAUGGUUCGACUUGAAUUUACUGUUUAACUCAAAUGAGUUGAUCUGAAAUUAGAGUUUCCUUUUGUUUGUGCCUUGGUCGGCACUGUUAAUUCUGCCACUGUUUAUCUUUUCUAAUGAUACUGUUUAUCAGGUUGUUAGACUUCUGAUAACACUGUAUACUGAUUUGAAUGAGUUUUGAGUUGAUUAUUAUGGAUUCAAUCCGUGCUUGAGCCAGCCCUAGGCUUAGCUUGGAUGGAAUCCAGCACAUGACAAAUA